ACGUAAAGCCAAUGCACCGUGUUCUCCCUCUCUCUGUCUCGCUCCCCGGGUGCGUGCUCUCUUUCCAAGGUUUCAAGCCGACACCGGGAGCCUAGGGUUUCCUCCUCCCCGGAGCCGAUCGAGCCGGCAGCUCGCCGCCGCCGCCGCCGCGAUGCAGAGGUACGGGCUGCAGCUCCGCACGAAGCCUGCGGCGUCCUCGUCGCGCGCGCCGCCGCCGCCGCCGGCGCGGCCCCUGGCGGCCUUCGCCGACGACGGCGACGACGAUGUGGAGGCCGAGAUCCUCCGCCAGGCCUCCAAGAAGCGCUCCCUCGAGAAGGUGAAGGAGCAGCAGAAGAAGGCCAUUGAGGAGGACCCUUCGGUGUUCGCCUACGAUGAGGUGUACGACGAGAUGAAGGAGAAGGCUGCUCGGCCCAAGAUGCAGGACAAGGUCGUCCGCGAGUCAAAAUAUAUCGCACAACUUAAGGAGAAAGCAGAACAACGUAAACGAGAACAGGAUAUAAUAUAUGAGAGGAAGCUUCAGAAAGAGAGGAGUAAGGAGGACCACCUCUUUGGUGACAAGGAUAAGUUUGUAACAUCUGCCUACAGGAAGAAACUUGAGGAACAGCAGAAGUGGCUGGAGGAAGAGAGAAAGCGGCAGCGUCAAGAAGAAAAGGAAGAUGUAACUAAAAAGAAAGACUUGAGUGAUUUUUACUUUGGGCUUCAGAAUAAUGUUGCUUUUGGUGCACAGACGCAUGACAAUACAAAACAUGCUAACCCGGAAAAGUCAGACAAUAAACCAGAUGGUACUAAAACUAGCGGUUUUGAUGCUGAAGUCUCUGAUCAUUCUCCUAAGCGUAGUAGAAGAGAAUCCAGUGUAGGAUCAGAGAGGGCUAAAAGUGUGGAAGAACCCUCACCAAAUCGACGGAGGGAUUCAACAGCUGCUGGAUCUACUGAGAAAAAUGCCGAUGUUCCAUCAAAUGCUUCUCAGACCCCACAGAACACUCAGCCUGCAAAGAUUACAGAGGAUCACUACAAAAGAACGGAUGAUGCACUUGCUGCCGCUAGAGAACGAGCUCUGGCCCGGAAGAGAGCGAAAGAGCAGCAAUUGUGAAGUAUGAGGCAGAAAAGGUCUAUCAAAUCCUUGAUAGCUAAUAUCAUAUUUUUAUGUUAAAGGAUUGUGCAAAGACUGUCAUCUGAUAGCUGUGCCUCGCACCCUGAAAAGGCAGUAUCUUGUAAAAAAUGACCCCUUUUGCUUGAUCAGCAUGAUGCAUUAUCUUCUGUGAUUAAAAUAUCCAUGUUUGAACAUUGAAACGCAGUGGGCGUCGUUUUUGUCAUUCUGUUUUGAAUUAUCAGGACUCAUGAGGGUAGAGUGUAUGGAACUUAGGAUACGGCACUGGACAUUCUACUGCCGGAAAAUUUGAAAUAAUGUGACAGAGUAAAGUAAAGGUUAUAUGCGGUAAUGCAGAUGUGUUCUUUCAUUUA